GUGGUCUCGUGCAAUCCCCAAAUCUCCAUCGUUUCUCUUGGUUGUUUCCUCCUUGUAGCAACCUUCUCUCUCUCUUCUAUCUUAGCAGAAAGCCUCUCCCUCCUUCCGCCUCGGAAAUAUUUGGCUUAGGGAGAGAAAAUGGGAACCGGCGACGGCGACGGUGGCGGCGGGGCGGUGCAGAGAAGAGGGUGCUCGUGCGCCAAGGAGGACUUCUUUCCGGAGGAGUCGUUCAAGAGCUGGGCUAACUACCGGCAGGCUUUCCGGGAGACCGGGAUGCGGCUCCGGGACCGGGUGACGGCCCGGUCGCUGGACCAGACGGAGCUGCACGAGGUGCGGGCGAGGAGCGGCCACGAGAUGAAGAGGAACCUCACCUGGUGGGAUCUCAUCUGGUUCGGCAUCGGCGCCGUCAUCGGCGCCGGAAUCUUUGUGCUCACCGGCCAGGAGACCCAUGAAGAUGUCGGCCCUGCCGUCGUCCUCUCCUACGUCGUAUCCGGAAUCUCCGCCAUGCUCUCCGUCUUCUGCUACACUGAGUUUGCUGUUGAGAUCCCGGUUGCAGGUGGUUCCUUUGCCUACCUCCGGGUGGAGCUUGGUGACUUCAUGGCAUUCAUAGCAGCAGGCAACAUCCUCCUCGAGUAUGUAAUCGGUGGUGCCGCCGUUGCCCGCUCCUGGACCUCCUACUUCGCCACCCUGCUUAACCACAACCCCGACGACUUCCGCAUCCAUGUCUCCGCCCUCGCCAACGAUUACAACCUCCUCGACCCCAUCGCCGUCGCCGUCAUCACCAUCGUCUGCAUCAUCGCCGUCCUCAGCACCAAGGGCACAUCCCGCUUCAACUACAUCGCCUCCAUCAUCCACGUCGCCGUCAUCCUCUUUAUCAUCAUCGCUGGCCUCACCAAGGCCGACACCAAGAACCUCACCCCCUUCACCCCUUAUGGCGUCCGUGGCAUCUUCAAAGCCUCCGCCGUGCUCUUCUUCGCAUACGUUGGUUUCGACGCGGUCUCCACCAUGGCCGAGGAGACCAAGAACCCCGCCAAGGACAUCCCCAUCGGCCUCGUCGGCGCCAUGUCCAUCACGACACUUGCCUACUGCGCUCUCGCCCUCACUCUCUGCCUCAUGCAACCAUACAGGAGCAUCGACGUCAAUGCGGCCUUCUCGGUCGCGUUCCAAGCGGUGGGAAUGGACUGGGCCAAGUACAUCGUCGCCUUCGGGGCACUGAAGGGCAUGACCACCGUCCUCCUUGUCUCGGCCGUCGGUCAGGCUCGGUACCUGACACACAUCGCCCGCACCCAUAUGGUUCCACCGUGGCUCGCCCAAGUGCACGCCAAGACCGGCACUCCGAUCAAUGCCACCAUCGUUAUGCUCAUCGCCACCGCCGUCAUUGCCUUCUUCACCAGCUUGGGCAUCCUAUCCAACCUCUUAUCAAUCUCCACUCUAUUCAUCUUCAUGCUUGUCGCCGUGGCUCUCCUCGUCCGCCGCUACUACGUGAGCGGAGUGACCUCCUAUGCCGACCGUAAUAAGUUGGUUGCUUGCAUUGUGCUCAUAUUGGCGUCGUCGAUCGCAACGGCGACCUACUGGGGGCUGAGCAAGAAGGGAUGGAUCGGGUACGUGGUGACGGUGCCGAUAUGGUUCCUGUCGACGUUGUUCCUGGGGUUGGUUGUGCCAAAGGCUAGGGCGCCGAAGCUGUGGGGCGUGCCAAUGGUGCCAUGGCUACCAUCACUGUCGAUCGCAAUCAAUAUAUUCUUGCUGGGAUCGAUUGACAGGAAGUCCUUCAUGAGGUUUGGCAUUUGGACGGCGUUUCUGCUGGUAUAUUACUUCUUCUUUGGUCUCCAUGCGUCGUAUGACACAGCGAUGGCUGCCACGCCGAUGAGGAGGUUGGAGGAAGGGAGAGAUGGGCAGGAUCCUGGAAAUGGAAAGGCAUCAGAAGUGGAGAAAGGAGGAAGCUGAGAGCAGCUACUAAUAUUUGAUCAUGUUUUUACCUUAUCUUUUCUCCUUGGCCUUUUGACAAGAGCAAAAAAAAAUGUUAUAAGAGUAUGAAACUCAAGUUUGUGAGAUGAGAGAACAUCUUACUUGGAUGGUGAUAUUAAAAGCAAUAGGUUUGUAAUUAAGUGGAAUUAUGUGAACGUAUCAAAUGCUAAGCAAUGGUUUUCAAAAAUCAGCUUUGGGAUUGACAA